AGAUGAGAGGUGUCGUAUUAUAUUAUGUUGAUUUAGUAAUCACGCCGUUUAAUCAAAAACAAAAUGCCUACCGAAUAUGAUUAUGAUUAUUAUGAAAACGGUGACCAUAAUAGUAGAUUAGAAAAAAGUAAAAAGAAAAGACGUUCAAGAAGUAAAGAUCGAAGAAGAGAUCGAUCAAGAUCAAAUCGUCAUAAAAGUCCCAAGAAAGAAAAAAUAAAAAAACCUUAUAAAUAUUGGGAUGUUCCACCUCAAGGUUUUGAAAACAUAUCUCCUCUACAGUACAAAAAUAUGCAAUUGGCAGGUCAAAUACCUUUAAAUAUAAUUCCAACAGCCCAUCUUGCAGCAAUUGUACCCUCAAGUAUUUCACCGGCACCUAUUCCAUCAACAUUGUUUCCAGCUCCACCAACAUCAAAUACAGCUGCCACUGCCAAUUCAUUAAUUACUCGACAAUCAAGACGCUUAUAUAUUGGAGGUAUUCCAUUUGGGGCCACAGAAGAUUCUAUGGUAGAAUUUUUCAAUGAACAAAUGGAUAUAUCAGGUUUAAAUCAAGGAGGUGGAAAAUCAGUGUUGGCUUGUCAAAUUAAUCUUGAUAAAAAUUUUGCAUUUUUAGAGUUUCGUUCUUCUGAGGAAACUACAUUAGCUAUGGCUUUUGAUGGAAUUACAUUUAUGGGGCAAACUUUAAAAAUUAGAAGACCAAGAGAUUAUCAACCCAUGCCUGGUGAUUUAAAUUUAUCACCUACUACCAUGCCUCAUAUAAUUCAUGAUGAUAAUAAAUUAUUUGUUGGUGGCUUACCAAAUUACUUGAAUGAUGAACAAGUUAGAGAUUUGCUUACAGCUUUUGGUCCACUAAAAGCAUUUAAUUUAGUAAAAGAUGCUACAUCUGGUUUGUCCAAAGGUUAUGCAUUUUGUGAAUAUGGAGACAGUACUUCUUCUGAACAAGCAAUUGCUGGUUUGAAUGCAAUGCAAUUGGGUGAGAAAAAAUUGAUAGUACAAAAGGCUAGCAUAGGAGCCAAGCCUCACAAUACUGCUACAUUUCCUAUAAAUUACCAAAACCCAAUUCAAAUCCCUGGGCUUAGCAGUUUAGUGGAUAACAUAGGGUUACCAACUGAAGUCCUUUGUCUAAUGAACAUGGUUGAGAUAGAAGAAUUAAGGGACGAGGAAGAAUAUGAAGAUAUAUUGGAAGAUAUAAAGGAAGAAUGCGGUAAAUAUGGACAGGUUAGGAGUAUAGAAAUACCCAGGCCUAUAAUUGGGGUGGAUGUUCCUGGUGUUGGAAAGGUUUUUGUCGAAUUCAGUGCUCCAACAGAGUGCCUAAAGGCUCAACAAGCUUUGGCUGGAAGAAAAUUUGCGAAUAGAGUUGUAGUUACUUCUUAUUAUGACCCUGACAAAUAUCAUAGAAGAGAUUUUUGAAACAUUCAUAUUUUGAUAAUUUUUACUAUAACAUCCUUUGAAUAUUCUAUCCAUAUUUUUUAUGUUAAAAAUAAUCUAUGUUUAAAAAAAAAUACUUUAUUGGGAAAGAUUAAAAAUUAAAAUAUAUUUUUUCUAAAAUUUAUAUUUUUAAAAUGAUAUAAGAAAUUACUUUGAAUCAAAAAAUUUAAUAUUAAAUGAGAUGUAAAAUUUCAUUAUCGCACAACUUUUUCCAGGAAAGUUGUUACCUCAAG